AUGGACAAAAGAAAGAAAAUGAUUAGAUAUCAGAUCCCUUGCUCUGCAUUGAAGAGAUUAUCAGUUACAAAACAUGCAUGUCUUAGUGGUAAUGUUGUAAGAUUUUACAGUAAUACAGCAGCAAAAUUAGAUGGUCAACUAGAACAACAUGAAGGAGCAUGUCCCUUUGCAGGAAAUCAUUCCAAAGAGAAGAAAGAGGUAAAACCAUAUAGUAGUAUUCCAGGACCUAAAGGAUAUCCAUUAAUUGGUGAUGCUUUGGAAUUCUUCAAACAUUCACAGAAUUCACAAGCUUACUUUGAAAAAUUGGUAAAGGAAUACGGAGAAGUUGUAAAGUUUGAAUUGUUAGGAGCUAACAAUGUCAUUCUAUCAAAUCCAAUCUAUGUGAAAGAGGUUGCCCAACAAGAUGAAGGUAGAUUCUAUGUGAAAGGUUUCAGACAAGUUAAAUUGGAUGAAAAUAUGAUCAUGGCCCCAGUUGAGAUGAAACCAGACGAAAACUGGCAAGAUGUUAGAAGUUUAUUUAACAUUGCCAUGCGUCCUGAUUUGUCAGAAAGCAUUUCUUUACCACAGUUGACUCAAUUGAAUUCUGGUUUUAUGAAUUGUUUGAUUGAACAUUUGAAAAAAACUGAAAACAUUCAGUCAACCAUGAAUCAAAUCCAAGAUGAAGAUUUCAAAAAGUCAAUUGCCAAUUCUCCUGUUUUUCAAAUUGUAAAUCCAACUCAAUUCAUCUCCAGAUAUACCUUUAACGCAGUUUCAAAGGUCUUUUUAGGUGCCAAUUUCUAUGAUAAAUCUCUAAUCUUACCAUUCGAUAGAGAUCUAUUCGUGAAGGAUGCACUGAGAUUUUUAGAUAUUGGUACACGUACAGUUUUUGAUAUUCCAUUCUUCAAGUAUUUACGUAGAAAGGACUAUUUAGAAUUGAAAACACUCUAUGUUUCCAUUAUAGAGAGAUGUAAAAUGUGUAUUAAUUUAUUUACUGAAUCUAAUCCUUCUGGAAUGCCUCGAUUGAAAGAAUUGAUUGAAGAAAAGGCGAAGGAAUAUGAACGUGGUAAUGAGAUGGCAACCAUCACACUCAGUUCCUUCCUUUUAGCUGGUGUCGAUAUCACAGCCAGAGUUAUGGCCAUUACCAUGUAUAGAAUAGCUCACGAAACUAAAUAUCAGGAGAAACUCUAUGAGGAAUUAGUCAAAGUUUUCGGAGAGCCAUCAAUUGAUGAAAUUACGAAUGGAAAUCUGCUUAUCACAGCAGAGCAAUUCAAGAAGCUUAAAUUUUGUAGAAACUUUAUUGAUGAAUCAAUGAGAUUGAAUCACGUCAUAGACACUUCAAGUUUGAGAGUUUUAAGUAAGGAUUUGGAGAUUGCUGGAUAUAAGAUUCCUAAAGGUUCAUUCGUGCACUUUUUUGAGAGUCCAAAGUAUUCUGAAAAGUUUAUUCCACAUUCGAUGGAGUUUAUUCCAGAAAGAUAUGAAAAGAGUCAUGAAUGUCGCCCAAUCAAUAACUAUGUACACAAUCCAUUUGGUUUGGGAGCUAGAAAAUGUCCUGGAUCUAGAGUGGCCACUACUGAAAUUCUAUUUUCAUUGAUUAAUAUUGUUAGACAUUUCAGAUUAGUUCACGAAAAUCCAAAUGAAUUUCCAAAGAUGGAAACUGAUCAAUCCAUGUUCUAUAUUGAUAUGAAUAAGAAUCCAGUCUAUUUCAUCCCAAGAGAUCAUGUUAAACCACUCUUAUCAAAUCAAUAA